AGAGUGUGUGUUAGAUAGUGUAAUAGUCUUCUAUCAGAUUAUCUCACCAUUUCAAAUUUCUUAUCUUGGUGGUUAUCAAUAAAGAGCUUGAAUAGUUACAACGAUGGCGGAAUUUGAUGUAAAUUCAGAAACAAGCGCUAACAAUAGAGAGAAUAAUUCUACGAAUAAACGGAAUACGAACAAUCUCACAGCUGAGGAGAAGAAGUUGAAUCAUAUACGUUCAGAGAAGAAAAGGCGUAACAUGAUUAGAUUGGGAUAUGAGGAGCUCACGAAAGUUGUACCAGAUUUACAAGACAGGGUGGAGAGGAAAUCUAAACGCAGACCGGGUAGGAUUCCUCUACAAGCACAACAAAAGGAGAAAGAAAGUGCUGAACCGGAGUUCGCACCUGGUGGACCAAUAUCUGAGUUAGUUAUUUUAAAUAGUACGGUUGAUUACCUGCGGAAAUUGACAAGUAUGAGAGAUGAAUUGAUAAGUAGAUUACAUCAGCUACAGACUAGCCACCCUCUGCCGUCCCUCGUUGCACCGCCUUCUGCCGAAUCGAUCGUCAAUUCAACAGUCGAACUCGAGCAACCGAUUUGGUUAUCAAAAUGGACUGGACAAGGUGACAUACAGGAGUAAUAUUAUAUAUUUAUUUAUUGUACCUUUUUGUAUUAUUGUAUAUUUAUAUUUUUCUAUGGCGG